CGACGCAUCAACAUGUCUUACCAAGUCCACCCACAGUCGGCGCCGCAUCCACCGGUAUCACCCGGCACAUCAUCCCUAGGUCUAAGUCUAGUCUAGACCAACGUCAACAGUCCAAUUCUCGCCCCUGACUGGCUUGACUUGGUAUCGCCACUCCAAAUGUCGGCCGCCUCAUCGUCUCCCGCCACGUCCCCCCAAGCGGCAUCCGCCGGCGCCAAGUCGUCGAGGGUUUGCCUCAAUUGCCGUCGCAAGAAGAAGCGCUGUGACAAGGCCUUGCCGUCGUGCGGCCGAUGCACCUACUCGCUUCAAGCAUGCCAGCACGAAGACGACGUGGUCCUUCCGCUAGGCAGUUCUAGUGCUCAGGGGCCGAUCCGCUUCGAACCGUUUCUGGGCCACCACGUAUCGCCGACGCUCACGUUUGCCUCCUCCGCCGGCGAUCCUGUCCUGGAACACUUUGCCAGCCAGCAGUUGGCAACUCGCUGGAAUGCCUUGAACCAGGCCUUGUUUGCGCCAAUGGACUCGGCCGAAGAUAUUCAUUCCUUCGCUUUCAGGUGUCUGUCCGAGAUCGUCGGCGGCCAGCGACAAGUUGACUAUGUUGCAUCCCAUUACUUCCUUGGUGUCAACACCUGGUUUACCGUUGUCGAGCGCGAGUCGUUCAACCGCCAGCUCGAGGACCUCUGGACGACCCCGUCGGCCGAGACCUGUGCCCUGAUCCUCAGCAUGCGUCUCAUCACCCGCGUACCCGACCAGAACAACCCCGGUGGCAUGGGAGACAGCCUGUACCUCUCUGUCAAGACGACCCUCAGCGUCAUCCAAACCAAGAUCCCCCUCUCGAUCCCGCUGUUGCAGGCCGAGCUGCUCGUCGCCAUGUACGAAUUCUCGCACUCAAUGUCCCAGCAGGCUUACAUGACUGCCGGGCGUUGUUUCCAGAUGAGCAAGGCUUUCAACUGGCACUAUAAGCCCUUUUGGAGCGAAGAGCGCCAGAGGUUGAAUCCCAGAGACCUGAAGUUAUUCUCCAUUCUCUGGUGGGCGAUUGUUUAUGUCGACUGUCUCAUCCACGUCGGGUACCAGGACCAGAAAUAUCCCAUGCACACCUCGGGUCUCAGCUCCGAUUUUUGGAUACCCUUUCCGGAAGCGUUCGAUCAGUAUCUGCUAGGAAGCUUAAUGAUCGGCUUCCAAGGCGGUCCCAUUGAUGCGAACAUCGAUCAGAUCGACACCAUGGUUUGGCCCGAGGCCAGCUCUGCUUGGUACAUGAGCAACGUCUUGCAUCAGCUCACUGCACCUUCUCCCGUGUCUCCCGUCGACCGCAAUACUCUUUCGGGAGUCAUUACGCAACACACUCUCCAGGUGAUGGAGAGGAACUGGAAGAUGGGUGAUCGGACAGGUUCGGUGGGGACCAAUUUCAUCGCCCUCAUGAAACUCAACCAGCCCGGUCUUCUUGCGGGAUUUCCUACCGAUAACGCGCAACCGAUUGAGACCAUUCGAUCCGUUAUCAAAUCCGUGUAUAGCACGGCCUUGAACAACGCAGCCUCGACGAGCCGGCUUUCCAACGGCGGCGUCUCGCCGUGCGGGGCUUUUGCUUUGUAUUAUGCAUCGCUUUUGCUUAUUUCGCACGGCGAAGGCGUGUUGGAGGACGCGGGAUGGCUGCAAAAAGUCGAAGUCUUGAAGAAGAGCCUAGAGUGGUUCAGCGCUAGAUGGAAGCUUGCAGACAAAUAUCUCGAGUCGCUCAACAUUGCCCUUACCGCCCGCUUGGCGGCAACACAUUGAGGCGGGAGAGUAGCAAGAAUGAGCACCGAAGAACUAGUUUCUGGGACGUUUAUUGAAUUGACGAAUGCAUUUUCUUGGGUUUGGAGCAUCGGGUUAUUAUGGCAUUAUGAGAUACCCCUCAUGGCAUUUUUUUGGCGCAUCGAUUGCGUGGCGCACCUCUU